UCCAGUUUCUGUCACUCAAUUGGUUCUGGCUUCGUUGUCCCUCCCUCUUGUUCAAUAAAGUCUCGGCAGAAGCCCGGAGAAGUAUCUGAGUCAUUCUACAGGAAGCCAGGAGCCUGCCACAGGAAAAGGACUGCUGUUGCUGGUGUGAGCAGGAUGGCAUCGAACUUCUCCAUCCCUUUCAAUGGAUCUGAAGAAAUGCCUUAUGAAUCAACUGGCUAUGCUGUUCUGCAGAUACUCCCAUUGGUGGUACUCUCGGUCACCUUUGUCCUGGGUGUGCUGGGCAAUGGCUUGGUGAUCUGGGUGGCUGGAUUCCGGAUGGCGCACACAGUCACCACCAUCUGUUACCUGAACCUGGCCUUAGCUGACUUCUCCUUCACUGCCACCCUACCUUUCCUCAUUGUCUCCAUGGCCAUGGGAGAAAAAUGGCCUUUUGGCUGGUUCCUCUGCAAGUUGAUUCACAUAGUUGUGGACAUAAACCUGUUUGGAAGUGUCUUCCUGAUUGCUCUGAUCGCUCUGGAUCGCUGUAUUUGUGUGUUGCAUCCAGUGUGGGCUCAGAACCACCGCACUGUGAGUCUGGCCAAGAAGGUCAUCAUCGGACCCUGGAUUCUUGCCCUAGUCCUUACCUUGCCAGUUUUCAUCUUCUUGACCACAGGAAGUGACGUGAACGGGAACACAUACUGUGGCUUCUCUUUUGUAUCCUGGGGAGACACUGUUGAAAAGAGGCUGAAGGUGGCCAUCGCCAUGUUGACAGCUAGAGGGAUCAUCCGGUUCAUUAUUGGCUUCAGCAUGCCCAUGUCCAUGGUCGCCAUCUGCUAUGGGCUCAUCGCUGCCAAGAUUCGCAGAAAAGGCAUGAUGAAUUCCAGCCGUCCCUUUCGGGUCCUCACUGCUGUUGUGGCUUCCUUCUUCAUCUGUUGGUGCCCCUUUCAAUUGAUUGCCCUUCUAAGAACAGUGUGGCUCAAAGAGAUGUUGUUAAAGGGCAAGCACAAAGUCUUGGCCAUCCUGCUCAACCCAGCAAGGUCCCUGGCCUUCUUCAACAGCUGUCUCAACCCAAUGCUCUAUGUCUUUGUGGGGCAGGACUUCCGAGAGAGACUGAUCCACUCCCUGCCCGCCAGUCUGGAGAGGGCCCUGAGUGAGGACUCAGCCCCGACCAGUGACACAGCCACCAAUUCUGCUGCACCUCCUGCAGAGGAGGAGCUAAAAGCAAUGUGAGGAGCUCAGGUUCAUUUCUAGUCCUGUGCUUAUCUCACUUCCAGCUUUAUCUCCCCUUGAGACUCACCCUUGAGCAUUUGCUCUGGAAAAAUACUUCAUUGUCCCCUGAUUUGUAGGAAAGAAAUAGAAAACAAGAUGCUAUUGGUGUUAUUUCUUUUUCUGUUUGUUAACCUCAGACUGAGUCAAGUGCUGGUAGGGUAGGAGUAUAAGAGAAAAAUGAAUGGUGUGUCACUCAAUUAUCUUAGAAUGACCGUGAUUAUGUUUAUGUAAAAAUGACAGUUAUUUUAAUUUUCUUAUUUUUUUUGUUUUACAUCAAACUUAUAGUAGUCUCCUAAAAAUAUUUGACAACUCUGAUUCCAUGCCCUUUCUUAAAUGUUUAGAAAAAUUCACCAGUGUAACCAACAGAUUCCCAGUUUUGUUUUGUUUUUUUGGAGAAGGCUUUUAAUAACAGGUUCAAUGUCUUUAAUAGUUACUUUUCUGGGUUUUUUCCUGUCAGUUUUGGUAAAUUGUAAUUAUUAUGAAGUUUAAUCACUUUAUUUAAAAUCAUGAGCAACUCUCUAAGAUUUUGAACUCUCUAAGAUUUUGUUUGGUAUCAUUGACUGGUGGAUCCUCAUUCUCCGUGUGUGAAAUAGUGACUCUGCUAUAUACUGAGUGAAGUUAUCAAUAAAUAUUUACUGAAUUAAGGAAUCAAUAAAUAAUUUUAUCAUUGA